CGAGAUUUCUUGGCUCAAGUUGCUCGCGGCUUCAGACCACGCCGUUAAAGAUACGGUCAGCCAGGACGUGUUGAAAACGCCGUCGUUUGUUUGCCAUCUGUUACGUACCCACCCUGAAGCUCUAUGGCCAUGACUAUCAGCAGUGCUUGCAAUAUGCUCGGGUCCCACCCGACGGUCCAGCUGUAUUUACUCUUGAGCAUUGGGAUGCUCAGUUUUCUGAUGGCGUUCAAGGCGUCCUUGCAACUUGCAGCCAACUUGGCCGUACUUACUCGCGAAGACAUUGUCGACGAAAUUACUGGUUUACAGGCUCAUCUACAGUUUUUCAAUGUUCUCGUUUCAUCCGUCGCCAUUUUGAAUUUUUGGAUCUUGGUUGGACCUCGCUGCUGCGCCCCUAGCUGCUGCGGGGACGAGUUGCCUGACAUUCCCCAGCCUUGCCCUUCAACCUGCGAGAAGGUAGACUUCCUGGACUACCCCAUGGUUAUAGCAUAUGUCGGCUUUAUCUUCGCACCCUCGGAAUACACUGCAAUCUUGGGCGCUGUCAGCUUCUGUACGGGCGCGAGGAAAUAUUACAUCAUGAGGCAUCCAGGCGUCUCGGCUUUUGGGCGGGCAGUGGGGAACCCAAGGCAGGCGGCAAUGAUAGUUGGGCGGCCAGUUCACGCUGCUAUCACGUCAUCCGUCCGAGGAGCAGGGCUACGAGCAGCAAAGAAAGGAGCGUCACGGCAGGAUCAUCCGCAGGAGGAGGGCAAGCCCGAGGUGCGGGAGAGCAGCAGCUCUGACGCAGCCGGGGGUGGCAGCCUUGGGGUUCCGAAGGUCACAGGGGCCCUGGACCGUGCGCAGGCCCCUUUGGAGUUUGGUACCAUCGAGCUCGUUGACUCUACAGGAGCCGAUAACUGCAUCGACGUGGUGCGAGCUCUGUAUGGACAUCUGGAGAAUGGUGCUCUGCGCAGCACGCACGUCGUUCCCCACAAGAAGUAUGCCGUGUUCGUGCCCGAAACCGACCUUAUCGAGCUCAUGGAGGUGAGUAACUCGCCUGACGUGAUCGAGCUGCGUCGUCAGAUGGAGAGGCAGUCACAUCGGCGCGCUCCUCGCUUAAAGUUCUUCCGUUCCGACGGCUCGAGGGUGAAAUGUGCGCCAGCAUCGUCGAGCGAAGCGUUGCCUUCGUCCAGUUCGGCUGAUGGAGAGUGCACCCACGGCGAAGGAAGCUCUCAGGACCAAGAGAGCGUCUGUCAUGAUGGAGCCAAACACAGUGGAGAGAAUCGAUGCAUUGAUGGAGGAGGCCUACACCAUGGGGGUUCCAGUGUCCAUGGCGACGGGCAAGAUGGAGUGUUAGUCCUCUGUGGAAAAAUGCCUUAAUGUGCGAAGACGUGGAGUACUCUGACUCGUGUGGAACACGCCUUCCCCGCAUGUAUUUCUGCUUGGAGCAGCAUGCUUGGGCUUUUGUUAUGCCCAAGGUUGCACAAUCAUGUAGAUCCCCCUUCUCCCUCCUCCAGUAGCAUUCCUUUCCCCUCCCUUGUCCCCUGUCGACUGAGAUUUCUGGUGCAGGACCCACAGCCAGGGAGGGCCAAAUUUGGGCAGCGGCACGCCCCAACCAGAGAAGCACUUGAAGCUGCGCCAAUCGUCACAAGCAUGCAUGUGUGAACCCCGCAGGGGUGAUCCACACAAAGGGUCGCCCUGCUUCUACAUCCAAGGAACAACAUAUCGCAUAAACUUCAGCUUUCGGAGGUCCGCGCUGACCCCUCCCUCUCGCGCAGAGAGGCGCCGCCAAAGGGCUCCAGCGCCGAUCCCAAGAAAUCCGCGCGGACCCCCGUAUGUUCAUUUUCAUAUUAUUUCUUGUUCCUCUAUAUCUCAUGGGAAGCG